AUUACAAAUAAUGAGAAAAAUGUCAUCCCAUCAAGUCAGGAAAGGUGCUCUUCUAUUUUGAGUUGGGAGACAAAUAGUGAAUUUGAACCCUGCAAUUGUUUGUAGCAUUCCUUUUAAACUUGAUUUCUCUGAGAUGUGCAGAAAUAUUGCUAGAUCUUUCCAGCAGUAACAGAAAUGCAUUCAGUAUAGUGAUUAGUAAAGGGCAGCUUUCCCCAACCUGAUGCCUUUCAGAUUUUCAUACUGCAACUUCUAUCAGUCUAAGCCAGCAUGGCCAAAGAGCUGUGCUGAUGGGAGCUGUAGUCUAAAAUAUGCAGAAGCACCAAGUUGUGGAUGGAUGCCUUCCAGCAAUAGGGGUGCAACCCUCAGCAUCCGUAUGAAGCUAACUUUUACAGAAUCAUAUCAUUGCUUUGUCAGAGUCUAUAUUGUUUACUUUGAUGGGAGCAAGUUUCCAAGUUCUCAGUCUGAGAGAGAGAGACACUGAGGGGGACUUCAGGAAUAUUGGAACUGGCUUAUAUUAAGUCAGCCUUUGGUUCAUCUAGCCUGGUACUGUUGGUGCUGACCACAGUGGUUCUCCAGAGUUUCAGGCAGGAUUUCUUCCUAGUCCUACCUGGAAUUGCCAGAGAUAGAAUCUGGGGCCUUGUGCACAUAAAGUAUGUGCUGUAGCUCAGUGGCGGAGUCCCUCCCUCCAUCUCUCCUGCUCCAGCUACCUAAGAGCCUUUUAAACUGGAGAUAUCAGCUGGACAUUGAAUUUGGAACCUAUUCUCUGCUGGUGGUCAAUAAAUCUUGUUUGUUCUGCUGAGUAAUAUGCAAGAACUAAGUCCAUGUCCAAGGUAGAAGAAUGUGAGACUCCUUAACUCAUUGGCAGAUGUCCCAUUUUAGAAGUAGGGGGAAUUUGGAAGUGAUUUGCAGUAGUGGGGGAAAACGGAAUGUAUAUAUUGUUCUAUAGCAAAAGCAACCGAAAGGGAUGAUCAGGAACUGUGGAGCUCUGCAUUUUGCUCAUUAGGUCCUUUUCAUGUAUUGUUGAAGAAAGCUGGGAUAUAACUGAAAUGGAGUAGAAGAAGAUGUGUUUUAAGUAAUGCAUCCACUUCUACCUAGAAUGUUGUGGCAUCUUAGAGCACUAUCAUAUACGUGUUUAGACCAAAACUGUCCUGAAUUUCCCAACACUCCUUCAGCCAGCCAUGCUGCUUGGGUGAUGCCAGGAGCUGCAGGACUCUUUUUCUAUCUAAACAUGUAUAAGAUUGAGCCCUAAGGUUUUCUUUCGUCCAGUCAGAUCCACAGUACCUGGACCGUGUGCAUUCAGUGAGUUCCAUGGCUAAGUAGAAAUUCAGUUCAGGCUGCCACAGUUGUAACCCUACUCCUAAUUCAUCCAUUGCAGCACACUGACUCUUCCUUGCUUUCCACUCCACCAAAAAACCCAAAAUAAAAUCAACCUCCCCAUCAAACCCCACCCCCAAACCAUGGCUGCCCAGCGAAUGCUUAUGUAGCAUAGCCAAGAUGGAAGAAAGUGUGGCUGUCUCACACAUUUGGUAUAGAAUUGCAGAGGGGGUGUGUUUGUUUUUGCUGUUACCUGCUGAUUUUUUAAAGCAAUACCCAUUUUUUCAGAUAUAGAUAGUUCUUGGACAUAGGCUAAAACUGGGAUCUUUUGUCCACCUGUCUUUUAGGAAAUCACUAUGCCAGCCGCUGAAGUGGAGCAGUGAGAAGUUGCUGCCAUUGCUGCACUACUGUUACCUCCUAUUUGUCAUUUGCCUUGUAGGACUUUCCUACCAAGGUGUCAAAUGGGCAACACCAGCUCCUCUGAAAGCAGGAAGCAAAGAAGGUGUGGGGGUGGAAGGUGGAGAAAGAACAAGAUGUAAUGUAGAGGUUGGGUUUAAUAACUGGUUUCUACAGCUGUCUGUAAGGAUUAUAUCUGGUUUCAAUAUUCUCAUCUUCAGCAGCCUCCUCUAAAUUAGGAUCUUCUUCUCUGGGAUCAACGUUGAAGAGUACUCGUGGCUUUUACCCGCCUCCAGGAAGCCAGCUGUAUCGUGAAGCACUGAGGAUCCACUAUAAGCAAGAAAUCCUUCAGGCUUGCCCAAGGUGUCACAAUGACAGGCAGUACUCCUCAAGACAGGUAUAAAGCUGUUUGGAUUAUCUUUUUCAUUCUUGGUCUGGGAACGCUUUUGCCAUGGAAUUUUUUCAUGACAGCUACCAUGUAUUUUACCAGCCGCCUGUCGGAUUCCCACAGCCCAUCCUCCAUCGACCACAUGAAUUCUACUAUUUUCUCAGGGAAGGAGGAACCCAACAAUGUUUCCCACAUCGGUCAUGGCAAUGUAGGCUUGGCAAGGAAAGUGGACGUGUCCCCCUCACACCUGCAUUCCAUAUUUAACAAUAUGAUGACGCUCUGUGCCAUGUUGCCUCUACUCAUCUUCACUUGCCUCAAUUCUUUCAUCCACCAGAGGAUCCCUCAGCAGGUACGGAUUCUGUGCAGCUUGGUUGCCAUCUUCUUGGUCUUUCUGGUAACUGCUGUCCUUGUCAAGGUCAGCAUGGAGCCUCUGCCUUUCUUCAUCAUCACCAUGAUCAAGAUAGUCUUCAUCAAUUCUUUUGGAGCCAUCCUGCAGAGCAGCCUCUUUGGACUGGCAGGGCUCCUACCCGCCAGUUACACAGCACCUAUCAUGAGCGGACAGGGCCUUGCAGGGACGUUUGCAGCUCUGGCCAUGAUCUGCGCAAUUGCCAGUGGCUCUAAACUGGAAGACAGUGCUGUUGGUUACUUUAUUACAGCCUGCGGGGUGAUCCUGGUAGCCAUUGGCUCCUAUGUCAUGUUGCCUCGUCUGGACUUCUUCCGUUACUACUCCAUGAAGGACAAGACAAGUUAUCAGAACCACAACAGCCAUUCUGAGAUGGAAACCAAGGUUGAUCUCAUCAGAAAAGAUGAUUGCAAUGGCGUAGAACCCAAACAGACUGCAAAUGGGACCUCUCAUGCAGCCAGCCAUAACUCUUCUGUCCUCAGUAUUUUCAAAAAGCUCUGGGUCAUGGCUGUUUCUGUGUGCUUAGUCUUUACCAUUACAAUUGGGGUCUUUCCAGCUGUCACCGCUGAUGUAAAGUCCACCAUUGCAGGAAAGACACUGUGGGAUAAAUAUUUCAUCCCAGUCUCCUGUUUCCUGAUGUUUAAUGUCUUUGACUGGGCCGGACGGAGCCUUACUGCUGCCUGUAUGUGGCCUGGAAAGGACAGCAAGCUGUUGCCCUGCAUGGUAAUCGCCCGUGUGGUCUUCAUCCCUCUCUUCUUGCUGUGCAAUGUACAGUCACGCCGCAACCUGCCCGUCUUCUUCGCCCAUGAUGCCUGGUACAUUGUCUUCAUGAUUCUCUUCGCCUUCUCCAACGGCUACCUGGCCAGCCUCUGCAUGUGCUUUGGACCCAAGAAGGUGCUGUCUCAUGAAGCAGAAACUGCUGGAGCCAUCAUGGCCUUCUUCCUCUCCUUAGGCCUGGCUUUGGGAGCCAUCAUCUCCUUCCCACUGAGAUACCUAAUCUAAUGGAAACCACUCCACAAAGGAUCAGCGCUACCUGCCAGCUCAGAGCCAUCGUACUAUUGGGGAUCUCUGGCCUCUUCCUAGGAACCCGCUGCCAUAGCUGACUUGGACUUGCAUACCUCUUGGCUUGGGGCAGAGUGGGGGCUUGUCAGCCGCUGAACAGAUGACUCGGCUCCCGUUUCUGUGCAGCCUCCUCCAUUUACUGGUGCCAGCUAGGAAUAAUCUCCACCAGUUCAGCAGCAUGCCAGCCAUCUCCCAGUGCAGCCUUCAUCUCCUGCCUCCCAAACUCAGUAUCAUUCAUUCUGUGUGGUCUCUUAAGCUUGGACUAUUUUAAGACUUUUGGCUCUAGUGUGUUUACAUUUGUGCAUUUGCCACUGACACACAAAAGGGAUUGGCUCCCUCUGCCCUGUAGUAUUUCUGCCUCAGCCCAGCUUUCUAACCCUGCUCUGGUUUACACGGAUCUGCUUCAUGCGCCCAAACUACUUCAGUAUCCAACUGGCUCUCAGAACGGAGAUCCCUACAUUAAGGCCAUGUCACUGAGACAACUGAUACCAAUGCUUUGUCAAGCUGAUGGCAUGUCCCACCUCUGAGUGGUGGACCUUUGCUCAGCGUGCAUGACUGGCACACCAAGCCACCUUGUUUCCUUGAGAGAUACCUAGGUAACGGACGGAAAUGUGGGAUAACACUAGCUGGAGAAGGGAGCGUAGGCUACUCCUGGCCCAUAACUGGUGGAACUGUGUGUGCACGUGUGCCGGUAAAAGCUGACUGUGAAGGCUUCCCAUUAGUAAAGCACCUUAAACUUCUCACCAUUACUUUGCCAUUGUAAAUGUGUGUUGUAGCUAUACAGUGGUACCUUGGCUCACGAACUAACUCUAUUCCAGGACUCUGGUCAUGACCCAAAUUGGUCGUGAGCCAAGUUAAAUUUCCCCAAAAGGUUCAGUGUA